CCGCGGGGGAACGUUUUGACCGGGACACAGGGCCGCGAGGAGGCAGACGCGAUGCUCCCGUCUUUGCAGGAAUCUCUGGAUGGGGAUGAAAAGGAGCUGGAGAGCAGCGAGGAGGGUGGCUCCGUGGAGGAGCGGAGACUCGAGCCGCCACCCAGCAGCCACUACUGCUUGUACAGCUUCCGCGGAAGCAGAUUGACACAGAAUCGAGGAGAUAGUGAUGAUGGACGUUCAGGUGGCACAAAUGGAGAAACUCCCUCUGGCGAUGAUUUCAGCCUCUCCUUGGUGGAUACUAACCUACCGGCUGAAGUGGAGCCGGAACUGCGCAGCUUCAUUGCUAAGCGUCUUUCCAAGGGAGCAUGCUUUGAAGGGCUGGGUAACGUUGCAUCUGUAGAGCUGAGAAUUCCAGGGUACCGAGUUGGUUGUUAUUACUGCCUUUUCCAACAGGAAAAACUGCUUCCUGAAAUAGCAGCAAUGGAAUAUGAACAUAACCCUUCUGAGUAUGUGGUCUGCUUCUUAGGAGGCUCUGAAAAAGGACUGCAACUUUUCAGGCUUGAAUUGGACAAGUAUAUUCAAGGGCUGAAGAAUAACAUGAAUUGUGAGGAGCGGAGCCUGGGGAGUGAUGUAAAGUCCUAUCUGAACAGCUGGUAUGAGGAUGUGCUGUGUCCAAUCCAAAGGGUGGUUCUUCUCUUUCAGGAGAAACUGACCUUUCUGCUACAUGCUGCUCUAAGUUACACUCCUGUCGAAUUUAAAGAAUCAGAUGAAAAAACAAAGAGAGACAUUAACAGGUUUCUAAGUGUGGCCAGUCUCCAAGGACUUAUUCAUGAAGGCACCAUGACCUCUUUGUGCAUGGCCAUGUCAGAAGAACAGCAUAAAUCUGUGAUCAUCGACUGUAGCGGCCCUAAGCCUCAGUUCCACAAUGCAGGAAGCAACCGUUUUUGUGAGGACUGGAUGCAAGCUUUCUUACAUGGAGCUGAAGGGGGUAACCCUUUUCUUUUCAGACAAGUCCUGGAAAACUUCAAACUAAAGGCUAUACAAGACACAAACAAUUUGAAGAGAUUUAUCCGACAGGCAGAGAUGAAUCAUUACGCUUUGUUUAAAUGUUACAUGUUCCUUAAGAACUGUGGCAGUGGAGAUAUCCUUUUGAAGAUUGUUAAAGUGGAACAUGAAGAAAUGCCCGAGGCCAAAAGUGUGGUGGCGGUCCUUGAAGAAUUCAUGAGAGAAGCACUUGUCUGAAGUUCCGGUCCGGGUUGAGGGUCUGUUUCAUUGAGUGUGUUGAGGCUUCGUGUGACGGGCUGUAGUUACCGCUGUUUUGUUUAUAGGAUUGCACUGCUCCUGAGGUGACUGGAAACACUCCAGCUUCUUCCUUUUGUGCUUUUUUUGUUUAACUUAAUUAAACACAAUUAUCAGAGGAAUGUCUUUACCAGGUCCUAGGCAGAUGCCGUGUGUUACAGCUGUGGAGUUUUGCUGGCUCACUAGUCUCAUAAAUCCUAAGCACCAAACACCUGUUGCCUAAAGAGUUCUGGAGAUGAUUUUUGGAUUCCUGGGAGUUUAGUGUUUAACAGGAUUUCCUCCUCCAAAAGAAACAUAGUAUGUCUUUCUCAGUACAUUGUAGAAGUUUUUGAAGUACCUGAUCCUAGCAAGAUGUGAUGACACAUGCCUAUGAUCUCAGCUAUUCAGGAGGCUGAGGCAGAAGGUUCUGAGGUUCCAGGCCAGCCUGAGCUACAGACUAAGUUUAUGUCAAGCUUGGACUACAUGGCAAUCAUGAUCCUGGUCUUACUGCAGCAUCACAUCGCUUCAGAGACAGCCUGUUCAUCCUGUGAGUGAUACAUCUCAAUGGUCGCAGGAAUGAUGAAACCACCUUUUUAAGGGAAUAUAUAAAUAAAUUAUGAGUGUAUAAGAAUUUUAAAAUGAGCUAUAUAUAUAAGUUUGUGGGCUGGCAAGAUGGCUCAGAAGGUAAAGAAGCCUGCCCCCAAGUCUGGCAACCUAUGUUCAAUCCUCAGGACUCACAUGGUAGGAGAGAACCAAUUCGACAAAUUCCCUCUGACCCAUACACACCUGCAUACACAAUAAAUAAAUAUAUGAAGAAAUGGUGGGCUGGAGAGGCAGCUCAGCAGGUAAGAGCAUUGUUGCUCUUGGAGAGGAGCCAGCACCUACCUGGUGGCUUACAACCAUGUGUAACUUCAAUUUCAGGGGAUUUGACACCCUGUUCUGACCUCCUCAGGCAUCAGGCACACAUGUAGUGUACAGACAUACAUGCAGGCAAAACACACAAAAAAUAAUCUAAAACCAGUAAGAAAGAAAGAAAAGAAAGGAAGAGAGAAAAGAAAAGGGAUUCACUAGCUUCAAGAUAAGAACAUUCUCUCUGAUUAAAAAGUUCUUGUGGAAAUGGCCACAUUAUUUACAGGUAUUUAUUUGCCAGAAGCCUGUAUUUUCUUAUUUUUGGAUGAAGAUCCUGGACUUUUUAAACAGUAUUAAGAAAAA